AUGCGUCUCCAGUUUCGUCAAGCUAUCAUGAUCUGGUGCGCAUCCGCGGCGUUGACGGCCCGGAAGAUCAUUCUUUGGAGUCAGAAUGCACGUGACGCCUUCAGGGGUGUAAAUUUAAAUUUAAGCUAUCUCUCUUUCCUUCUCUUGUCUCCAUCCUCAAGCUCAAGGUUCCGCGCAAUGUCGUCGACAUACGCGCACUACCAAGGCCCGUCGUCGCUUCCGUCCGACUACGCUCUCCUCUCCCACUUUGCCCACCGAGACCACAGCGCCCCACACCCGAGGCGUGUUCCCGAGAACGGUGCCGCCCCUGCCUCCGGCGACGAGGACGAGGACGAGGACACCGAGCCAACUCCGACGCAGACCCCUCGCAGAACGGUCGUUACCCGGCGCGAGAGCUUCCCCGCCUCUGCGUACUACACCCGUCCGCCGCGGCCCACUAUAGGCUCGUACCCCCGUGAAAGGCGGUACGACGAUGCUGAGCCAGGCUCGGGCAAUGGGAACUCGGCCUCCAAUGACCAGAGUUUUCCCUCCCUUGGACUGCCGGACGAGAACACUCCGCUGCUCAGUAAUCCACCUGUCCCACGAAUUGAGGAGCCCAUCGAUCGCGAUGCUACCGCGGACGCUGGGACACCGCUGGAGAUGUUCUGGGAGGAGCUGGUCAUCCUGGCGAAGUAUGCAUUGCCUGUGUUUGGCACCCACCUUCUCGAAUACUCACUUGUUAUCGUCUCCGUCGUCUCCAUUGGGCAUAUUUCCACGACCGCUCUUGCGGCCAUCUCGCUCGGUUCGAUGACCGCGAGCGUUUCCGGCUUCAGCGUUAUCCAGGGCUUUGCGAGCGCUCUCGACACUAUGCUGCCAUCGGCGUGGACAUCGCCCCAGCCACAUCUCGUGGGGCUUUGGUCCCAAAGGAUGACCAUAGUGAUGUUCUCUUGUCUAAUCCCGACCCUCUUCAUUUGGUGGAACGCAGAGGCUAUCCUUGUUUUCCUCAAGCAAGAACCGGAAGUCGCCCACCUUGCGUCAAUCUACUUGAGAUGGGUCUCAUUCGGGCUGCCUGCUUACGCCUUCAACUGCAUCAGCCGGCGCUAUUUCCAGUCUCAAGGUCUCUUUGCCGUUCCGACGCGUAUCGUAUUUAUCGUCGCGCCGACUAACGCGCUCCUCAACUACCUGCUCGUAUGGGGCCCCCCAUCCAUAAGGCUCGGCUUCAUCGGCGCUCCUAUCGCCACCGCGAUUUCGUUCAACCUCAUCGCGCUUCUAUCCAUCGCGUACGGGGUGCUCUACACCCCACCCACCGCCUGGUCGCCCAUCUCGCUCACCCGAGACUCCCUCAAGAAAAUAUUCAGCUUGAAGGCGCUGAGCGUGCUCACCCAGCUCGGGCUGAGUGGGGUGGGUCAGACAGCGAGCGAGUGGUGGGCGUGGGAGUUGGUUGCGCUUGCUGCUAGCUUGUUAGGUCCGGUUGCACUCGCGACGCAGAGCGUGCUGCUCGUGUCGUCGUCGACGACGUUCCAGGCGCCGUUUGCGCUGGGCGUGGCUACUUCGGUGCGUAUCGGCAACCUCCUCGGCGAGCAAAAGGCGAGACGUGCAGGUGUGGCAGCUAACACCUCGCUGGUGAUGGCGUUUGGAAUUGCGUUCUUUACGAGCACGCUCUUCCUCGUCUUCCGCGACAAGUGGGCGUACCUCUUUAACGACGACCCUGCGGUUGUUACGCUGGUGGCGGAUAUCAUGCCGCUCCUGGCGCUCUUCCAGGUGUUUGACGGGACAUCGGCUGUAACGGGUGGAAUUUUGAGGGCGAGGGGGAAGCAGUUCUUCGGCGCCCUCCUCAACCUAAGCGCGUACUACACCUUCGGCAUCCCGCUCGGGAUCUACCUCGCCUUCACGCACAAGAUGGGUCUGCAUGGCCUGUGGAUCGGACUCACAGUGUCGCUCGUGUACUGCUCGGCGGUCGGAACGUGGGUUUCUGUGCGUACGGAUUGGAAUAAGGAAGUGGAUAAGGUGAGGAAGAGGGUGAGGGAGGAAGAGGUGCAGGAGGGGAGGAAGGGGAGAGACGAGGAGAGUGAUAGGAGGGUGUGA